UCGUCCCACCGGCGCUCCAAGCCGCCUUCUCUCGAGAUCGACAAGACGCGGCCGCAGGACUUUGACGGCGAGCUGCAGACCAACAACGAGCUGCCGUCGGCCGAGGUCCAGAAGAUGAUUGAGGACUACAUUGUGCUGGACAAGGACGGCAAGUCGAGGACGUUCAAGAGCUUGUACAUGGGGCCCAACGUGGCCAGGCGGGUGCUCGUCAUCUUUAUCCGGCACUUUUUCUGCGGCAACUGCCAGGAAUACCUCCGCACCUUGUCCGAGGUCAUCACCCCCGAUUCCCUCCUCCGCCUCCCCAUCAGCACCUUUAUCACCGUCGUCGGAUGCGGCGACCCCAAGCUCAUCGACAUGUACGCCAAGGAGACGGGCUGCCCGUUCCCCAUAUACACGGACCCCACCCGCCAGCUCUUCGACGCCCUCGGCAUGGUCAAGACGCUCACGAUGGGGGCCAAGCCGGCGUACGCCAAGAAGAGCACGUCAAAGGGCAUCUUCGACAGCAUCGUCCAGGGCCUCCGGCAGGUGCCCAAGGGCCUGGCCCUCAAGUCGGGCGACCAUCGCCAGGUCGGCGGCGAGUUCCUCUUCGAGCCGCUCCACAUCUCGACGCCGCUGUCCACGCCGCGGGAAGAGCAGCAUCCCCAGUUCGGCACGUUGGAGCAGCCCGAGGCCGGCAAGGGCAAGGUCGAGGAGGAGGGGGAGCGUGCGGAGGAGAAGAGGAUCACGUGGUGCCACAGGAUGAAGACGACGAGGGAUCACGCGGAGAUGCCCGAGUUGCUUGAGAUCCUGGGACUGGAUGGCAUCAUUGAGAAGCCUGCUGUCAUGGACGACAAGAAGUGGGAGGAGAUGAGGAGGGAGAGAAAGGGCACGGGGGCGACGAUGGCGCCCGAGAUGAAGAGGCUCAGCCAGGCGGCUCGCGCCAGUGUUGAGCAGUCUCACGAGCCAUGA